GUUUUUGUGUUGUGUACACUUUUUAAGUCUUUGAAUCCCAAAAAAAAAAGAGAAAUUGUAAUUGUCAAUACGUGUUAAGUGUUUUUGUAAAAAACCCGACAACCCCUUAACAGAUUUUAUUCAAUCAAAACAAACUUACUGAACUAUUUUAACGAACAAAGGCGCUACGACCACGAGGUAUUCCACUCAAAUGGCCACCAACUGUGAAUAUAUCGAGGGUAGCAACAGCGCCGAUCCACGUAAAUGCCCCAUCUCGAACAACGCUUCAACGGCCUCAAUGGCGCAAGAGCAACGCGCGGACAGCAUUGAGUUGCUGCAAAGCAAAAGCGACAAUUCACUCUCAGACGAUUCAGCUAGCAUCAGCGCUACUCAUGCAGGUCUGCCGGCGCUGCAAACCACCGCACCGUUGCACCGGUUGGGCGACGAUCUAUUUGAGAACGCUUUCGACGAAUCGAUGGAUUGUUUGGAACAGGACGAGGUGGAUGGCUAUGAAUCGGACUCGGAGAGCGCCAAUGAGUACGAUGACACAGUCAGCGCUUCUGUGACGACUGGACUGCGCAGCAUUGACAGUGACAAUCUAACAUUCUCAAGCGGAUUUGGCAGCUCGAUGUUGAGCAGUUUUCCGCCAACCUCCGCAUUUGACUAUCACAGCUGUAGCAGUAGUAGCGAUAGCGAGGAGGAGACACAUACAGCUGAACUGAAGAAUGACGAGCGGUUGGGUAAAUUUUUCCCAGCAGAUUCACGCAAUUUGGACAUCUUCCAUACACGUCCCUAUUUGCUGCCGUUCGUGGAGCGUCGCCGUCUCUCACAAUGCAAGGAGGAGGAUGAGGACGACGGCGACAAGUCACCACAACCGCAAACGAGCGAAAUGGCGGCGCUCAAAUUCGAUAAGUCUGCACAUCCUACAGCGCCACCACCACCGCCGCCGCCACCACCACCACCACCACCGGCCACAGAUGAGGCAUCGGCGGAGAAGUUCAAAGAGUUGGAGCGCUUGCGACAGCAAUUCAUGCAUAAGAUAGACAGCAUCAAUACGAACAACGUAGAGGAUAUCAAAACGGUGACUGUGACCGCGGAGCAUGUCUCACCGCCGCCACCACCGCCAAUACCACCAACAAUUUUGCCACCUUCACUGAUCAAUUUGUUGCAGUCGACUAAGUCAAAGCCUUUGCAGAUGAUUAAGGCAGCCGAAGAACCGCAAAAGGCGAUAAUGCCAGCACCGCUGAAUGCAACGGCGCCAACGGCGUCGGUAAGCGAAAAAUUCGUGGAAAAGAGUCGGACUACAGAUAUCGUCAAUGCACAAAUUACCUCAACAUCGACUUCGAUGUCAUCCAACAAUCCAGCUAGCACCGCAAUCGCAAAUGUGCCAAAAAUAACGCAGCCGACAUUAGCGCACAUGGAUAGCAACGAAAAACUCAUCAUCAAAGGUAAAUUCACGGUAACCAAAGCCAAGGAGACGCCCGAACUCCAACAAUUGCGCACCGAGGCCGACAAGCUGAAGCACCUGAGCUCUAGUGCCAAUGCACACACCAUCAGCUUCCCCAGCAGCUAUGGUGGCUACACAUCGGUGCAGGGGCUCUUUUCGCAGCGUUAUGGCAGUCACAAAUAUCCCGUUGCCGUGCCACAUCUUUCGAAAAAGUUUUUCGAUGCAUCCUUGGUCGAAAUACGUACGCCCGUUGGCAGCAAUUCAUCGCUCAAUCAAAGCGACAAUGAUGCGACGCGUCCAAAGAGUGAAAAGAUCUCAACAGCAAAUGCGACUUCCACAACCACAUCCCCAAUCAGCAAAACUUGUCUCAAUCACCACCAAAGUUACAAUAAUUGUGAUACUAGUUUAGUUAAAAGACGCGGUGAUCUAUCGCAUUUGGAUGAUGUGUGGAUCAAGAGGCCGGCGAUGACAACGCCACCAAAGAGGCAAAUGACGGACGAGAGCGCAUUCGAGAGUGGGCGCACGACAGCGGCCCAAUCAGAAGAUGUAAGUUUGAAUGGUGCAAAGCAAAGGUGGUGGUAGUACAUACUAUGGUAC